CCCGCCCCCUUAUAAAGGCUCCAGCGCGCACCGACGGCUCCCUUUGCCUGGUGCCCUUAAGCGAGGGCCAGACGGCGGCGGGAUCCGCGGCGCUGCCUCCACUUGAUCGCAUCUUCCGGAACGCUUCCUCGCUGCUCCUUCGGCGAGUGGAUCGAGCGGAUCUUUUUCUUUCUUUCUCCUCCCGGCACUUUUUCAUCACGACCCUUCUUCUGGAGGGUCCCUACCCCCCCCCCACCCCCGCGAAGCAGUUCCCUUCUGGAGUUCACGGCGGCCCCACGCGCUUCGAACAAGGGAACGGGGAAGCCGGCCGGCCGAGCGCCUCGCAGGACUCUUGUCGCGGGUGGGAAAGCAAGCGAGGGAGGAAAGAAGGGAAAGAGCCUCUCCGGGUCUUCUGCUUGGCUCUGCUUCGUUUGCUGGCUUGGCUGGAGCGCCGAAGAUGGCCAGCAGCAGCAGCAGCGCUGGACCCCUCGUCCUCCUUUUGGCUUUCGCUAUCCAUCUCCUGCAGCCGACCCACCCCGCCGAGCCCGAGGCCGAGAGAUCGCCCAUUCCCACCGAUAAGCUACUAAUUCUAACUGUUGCAACAAAGGAAACGGACGGCUUUCACCGAUUCAUGCAAUCAGCAAAGCAUUUCAACUACACUGUAAAGGUGCUGGGUAAAGGCGAAGAGUGGAAAGGAGGAGAUAUUCUAAACUCUAUCGGAGGAGGUCAGAAAGUACGUCUGUUGAAAUCUGCAUUGGAGUCGUAUGCUGAUCAAGAGGAUUUGGUGGUUAUGUAUGUUGACUGCUAUGAUGUUAUAUUUGCUGGGGGACCUGAAGAGUUGUUAAAGAAGUUCCAACAAGCUAAUCACAAGGUAGUGUUUGCAGCAGAUGGAUUGAUAUGGCCUGAUAAACGACUAGCAGACAAGUACCCUGUUGUUCGCAGUGGAAAACGGUUCCUUAAUGCAGGAGGAUUUAUUGGAUAUUCUCCAGCUGUAAACAGUAUUGUGCAACAAUGGAACCUCCAAGAUAAUGAUGACGAUCAGCUUUUUUAUACUAAAAUCUAUAUCGACCAAUUAAAGAGGGAACGCAUUAAUAUCACAUUGGAUCACAAGUGCAACAUUUUCCAGACUCUAAAUGGAGCUGUUGAUGAAGUGCUCCUAAAAUUUGAAGAUGGAAGAGCCAGAGGGAGAAAUUCACUGUAUGACACUUUGCCAGUCACUCUCCAUGGAAACGGCCCAACCAAACUUAAUCUCAAUUACUUUGGAAAUUAUAUCCCUAAUGGCUGGACCCGUGAAACUGGAUGUGGUGCCUGUGACACAGAUUUAUUAGACUUGGCCACCCUCGAUGAGAUUCCAACAGUAACAAUUGGUGUUUUCAUUGAACAACCAACUCCAUUCCUGCCUAAGUUUCUAGACAGAUUGUUGACUCUGGACUAUGCAAAGGAAAAAAUUACCCUCUUCAUUCACAAUAACGAAGUUCACCAUGAAAGACAUAUCAAGAAGUUUUGGGAAAAAGCCAAGCACAUGUUCAAAACGAUACAAAUUGUGGGACCUGAAGAAUAUCUGAGUCAAGCUGAUGCUAGGAACAUGGGAAUGGACAUCUGUCGGCAGAAGGAAGAAUGCGACUAUUAUUUCAGCAUAGAUGCGGAUGUUGUUUUAACGAACCCCAGUACUUUAAAACUCUUGAUGGAACAGAAUCGAAAGAUGAUUGCCCCUCUUGUACUGCGCCAUGGGAAGCUUUGGUCAAACUUUUGGGGGGCGCUGAGCCCUGAUGGAUAUUAUGCUCGGUCUGAAGACUACGUGGAUAUUGUCCAAGGAAACAGAGUGGGUGUAUGGAACAUCCCUUAUGUGGCUAACAUAUAUUUGAUCAAAGGACAAACGCUCAGAUCUGAGAUGAAAGAGAGAAAUUAUUUUGCAAGGGACAGACUGGAUCCUGAUAUGGCCCUCUGCAGGAAUGCGAGGGAAAUGACCUUACAAAGGGAAAAAGACUCCCCUUCUGCGGAAACAUUCCAUAUGCUCAGACCCCCAAAGGGUGUCUUUAUGUACAUCACUAACAGACACGAAUUCGGAAGACUUAUAUCAACCGCCAACUACAAUAUAUCUCACUACAACAAUGACCUUUGGCAGAUCUUUGAAAAUCCAGUGGAUUGGAAGGAAACCUACAUAAACCCCAACUAUUCAAAAAUUUUCACUGAGCACAUAGUGGAACAGCCAUGCCCGGAUGUGUUUUGGUUCCCCAUAUUUUCUGAGACAGCCUGUGAUGAAUUGGUCCAGGAGAUGGAACAUUAUGGACGUUGGUCAGGUGGAAAACACCAUGACAGCCGCAUUUCUGGAGGAUAUGAAAACGUUCCAACUGAUGACAUUCACAUGAAACAAAUUGGGCUGGAAAGUGUGUGGCUACAUUUCAUUAGAGAAUACAUAGCACCCGUAACACUAAAAGUGUUUGCUGGCUACUAUACAAAGGGCCAUGCCUUGCUGAAUUUUGUUGUGAAAUACACUACUGAGAGACAACGUUCCCUCAGACCUCAUCACGACUCCUCAACAUUUACUAUCAACAUAGCUCUCAACAAAGUGGGAAGAGAUUUUGAAGGAGGUGGAUGCAAAUUUCUGAGGUACAACUGCUCCAUAGAAUCACCCAGGAAAGGAUGGAGUUUCAUGCAUCCAGGAAGACUUACCCAUUUACAUGAAGGACUUCCCAUUUUGAAAGGAACAAGAUACAUUGCAGUAUCAUUUAUCGACCCUUAAUCUUAUUUCCCUGGCCUGUUACAGACAACGUUUGGCAAUCUAUGACAAACUCUUAUUUAUAGUUCUACUCCCAGAAGAUGGUGACAAAAGAAACUUCUUCUAGACUGCUGCUUUGCUUUGGGCUAAAAGAAUGAGCAGGAAAAGAAACCCAAACUCUUAAAAAAAUUAUAUCUACAUAUAUCGAAACCUUCAAGCAUCUGAUCUGAGCCUUGAGUUGCAAAAUUAAAUAAUUAUAAUUUUGCUCCCUUGUGAAAAGGGAGCCUAAAAGGGAAGGGGAAAAUUAUUGAUGCCGAUGAUCUAUAAAAUUUUUCACAUGAGUUUUCCAUCCAUUAGAAUAACAUUAUGAAUAUGUCUUUUGUACAUAUCUUGAUUAAAGAAAGAAAUAUUUGCAUAUCCAGCUAUCUAUGAAUAUUCUUCUAAGAAAGAAGUGCAUGAUAGAUAAAUGCAAAGCAUUGGCCAAAAUACACAUAUGGGUACAUUA